AUGGCGAACGCGUUGCGCAAUACCGACGCCGACAAAACCCACCAAUCGUCCACCGAGGCCUCAGAGGAUGAGGACAUGGAAAUUCGAGAAUCGCAAGGACCUCUUCCGGCCGCUGAGGAGAACGAAGAAGACAGUGAGCCAUGGAUCAAUGUUACCAGUCGUGCCCGUCGUCGUCGGCUGCAGACACGCUCGACCACGCCUCAACUAUCCCAAACACCACCGAAGCCCGUUCUCCGCCAAAGCCGACCGGUGAUGCGCAAGCCCCGACAACCGCCCCUACCUGCCGACGAUUACAAGUUAGCGGUUCGUCCACGGAACGGCCUGCAGCUCAACAAGGUGAGCCCAGGGAAGUUAGUAGACGCCAUCACAAACGAGGCAAAGCUACAAAUCGGCUACACCGGAUUCAAAAUACGCAUCGACGAAGACCAAAACAUCCUUGUUCUGAGCACUGCCUCAGAAGCUACGGCCUCAGCACUAAGCAAGAUGCAGAAAAUUACCAUUGGUGCAACAACAUAUGAUAUUGCAUCAUACGGAAUAUCCCCCGAUAACUCGUGCAAAGGGGUGAUAUACAACAUCGAUCACGACACCACGCCAGAAAUGCUACUUAAACGCAUUGAAUCUCUCGGAUACGAGGCGCUGACAUGUAGAAGACCACGAAACACAACAACCAUGGUGAUCACAUUCCUGGGGAAAACAGUACCAUAUUACAUCGAAUUUUCCGGCCUUCUUCUGCGGUGCUACCUCUACAAGAGGACCGUGCCACAUUGCCGAACCUGCAACGAGACAGGCCACAGAGAGGACGUCUGCCCGCGUCCCCCCGCCACACCCAAGUGCAGGGAGUGCGGCACUUCGCUAGCAACGGAGCAGCAUGAGUGCCACCCUCGGUGCUCUCUGUGCGGCGGGAACCACCCGACGGCAGCCAAAACCUGCCCCAACAGAUUCCUGCCACCCGUCAACCGUCGGAAACCGCAGCAGGCCCUGAGAGCAGGCUCCUCGUCUCCGACACCACGUGGCGAGCGUUCAGCUUCCCGCAAGUCGCGAUCCCCGAAACGACGCGGAGCUGUCCUGGAGAGGAGCAGUUCCAGGCCGCGUUCCGGUUCCGGUUCUAGGCGCAGGACCUCAUCGCGACGACGGACGCCAUCCCAUGGCAGGACCUCGAGCCGUGGACGUUCCGCAAGUGGCAGGAGGGGAAGCAAGGGAGCAGCGCAGGUCACGCAGCAGGUGAGCUGGGCACAGGUUGUUUCUUCCAAAGCUCGUCCCCCCCACCUGUUGACACAGAGCUGGCACAGGCACAAGCCCACAUUAGGCGUCUCACUGAAGAGAACGCAACACUCAAAGCAGAAAUCAGUAAAGUACACGCAGAGUUCGUAG